UGGAAGUCCCAUUUUAACCCUCUAAUUAGUCAACCUUGAGGAUUGUGUUUGUAAUAUCAGGCGUGACCAGGGGCAUUUAGAUAUUCCCUUCCCUUAUAAAACCAAAGUUAAAGCCUUAUUUUCAAGAAAUACCACACAAAACUGAAUCCCUGCAAACAAACACAAAGAAGAUGAGCUACUUUAGCGGCACCCACAAUCUUGUGAUGCUCAUGUCCGCACUCACCUUCUUCGUGUUGUUCCUUCAGGCAGCUUUAAUGGCGGCCGGUGCUGUGGAAGGAGAAGAGUACCUUUUGAAUAAUCAUAAUCAAUUGUUGUACUCGAACAGAGAGGAGAUGGUACAAAUAGCUGGAUAUGGAGAUGAGAAGCUCUCAACCGUCCUAGUCACAGGCAGUGUGGUUUGUGAGGCUUGCUUGCAUGGUGAUGGUGAACCACAUCUUCGUCAAUGGCCAAUACCAGGUGCUCGGGUGGUGGUUCACUGUCAUCACGCUAAGAAGAGUAGUAAAUCAACAAGUUGGACAGAUGAAUUUGGAGAUUUUCUUGUAGACCUUCCUUCACACCUUCAUGCAAUUCCCAAUUUGGACAAAGCAUGUUCGCUUAAAGUGGUUCGCCUUCCAAACAACUCAAUCUGCCGACCAACACCAAAUUAUUAUUUCAAAAGACACCACUACUCAUUAACAUUAUCAUCUGUUGGGAAUGGCAUCCGUGCCUACAAUGCUGGAUACAUAAAACUUCUACACGGAACAUCCAAGCCUUCUCCACCAUGCAUCAACAAACAUGUUGUUAACUAGAAUGCUUAAUUGGUAGAUGUGGCUCGUGAGGAUGGCGCUUUAGUCACAAAAUUGAGUUGCAUAUAUUACUGUUGUUCCCAUCGUAAUUGGUUCUAUUAGUUGUAAAGUAUGCUUUCACUUUUGAGCCAUGAAAGAAGCAUUACCAGUAUAUGUAUGUACGUACGUAUGUAAAUAAUUUACAACAUUUGUGUAUUGGUAGAAUUGAAAAUAUAUUUGGCGUCUCACAAUUUUUUGUA